AUGCAUGAGAAAUGGCUUCCAGUUCAAGAAGCACUGCUAUGCGCUAUCCCCGCAAAAGAGCAAUUUGAUCCAGCUAGUCUGGAAAUCAUUGAUCGAUUAAAUCGCAUCCUAGCUUCACAGCAGGAUGUUCUCAAUGCCGUCCAGGCGAAAGAUAACAGUGCUACUUCUUUGACUCCUCUCCAUGCGCAGCCAACACCAUCAUAUAUAUCACCGCAGACGGAUUUCCUGCACGAGUCGGAUACUACCGGAGUCUCAAAUGGGGAUUCGGUGGUAGACAGCUUCGGGGUGCCGUCCUCCUAUACAAGCCCAGAUAAUGUGCUUACGUGGCCUAUCUUUCAUAGAAGGUAUGAAAAGAACUGUUUGCAAAAUGCUGUUUUCAAACCGAGUUCGCAAAGUCUACAUCAUACGCAAGUGAAUUCGAAGCGCGUGAAGUUUGGGUUUCAGGAGGAUAAGGUGCCCGAGUUAAUGGAGCAAUUCUUUCUUCUGGUACAUAUCAAGAACCCUGUUGUGGACGAGGAGGAGCUGAAAAGUCAUGCGCGGAAUGCGGUUGAAGAGGGUUUGAGUUGGGAUGAAGGGUCUUGUCUUGUGCUUCUGGCGUGCGCCCUAGGUACGAUUGCAGUGCCAUUUCAGCGUGCACAUGAGAUUGCGACCUUGAAUCCUGCAGAGUAUAGGGAGCUUCCCGCUCUACUCGACACCUCCAAGCUAGAGGAAGCCGAAUCGUACUUUAUACUGGCUCGCAGGAGAAUAGGAAACUUGAGUCAUUCGAUAGCUGGUGUCCAAUGUCUGUUUCUCUCCGGGGUCUUCUACAUGUAUACUUUUAGACCAUUGGAUGCAUACCAGAGCUUCCAUCAGGCAUCUGUGAUGUACCAGGUCUACGCAAAAUCCAAGCAAGGAGCUGCAUCCAUACCCUCUGAUCUCAAGACCGAACAAAGGCUAUUCUGGAGCUGUUUCAAGUCUGAAUGUGAGAUCCUGUCGGAGAUUGACUUGCCCCAUUCAGGUGUAUCGCACCUCGACUACGUCCACAUAUUCCCAAGUCCACCUCACUCCGAUAUAAUAACAGCCAACCCAAACUCCGUGCUUCUGCCAGAUAGUGCAGAGCAAGCCCGCCACGGUAUGGCAAACCGAGAUCAGGAACAAGGCUGGUUCUACUAUCUUUCAGAAAUAGCCCUGCGAAGAAUCGGCAAUCGUAUCUUAGAAUCGCUGUACAAAGAUGGCUUCGAGUCAUGGACAAAACUCAACAUUCCAUCAACAAUCCAGAUCGCGAACGAGUUUCUCCGCCAGCUUACUGAAUGGUGUGAAUGCCUUCCGGCACCAAUGCGUGUCGACGACAAGGGUCAAGGUAUUCUGUCUAGCGAGGAGCUACCCUGGCUACUCUAUGUCCGGCUUCGAGAAAUUCGAUCUUGGAUACUAAGACCGUUUGUGUUUUUGGCAAUUCAUCUACCGCUGGAUGACCACCGCCAUCUAUCCUUGGAGCCGUUUGUUGCGGAUGCGUUGGUUGGUUAUACCGAAUUGAUCGAGGCGAAUUCCGUUUGCCAUCGUCAUCAUGGAACUUGGUAUAUGCUCAGAUUGGCUUUCACCUCGGCAGUUUGCCUUCUUGCUGCUGCUAGGCAAAACUUGGGAACUCCUAGACUGAGAGAGUCUGUUGAGCUUACCAUUGAGUGUCUCAGGUACUGGGAAAUUGAGGCCCCUGGCGAUAUCCAGAAGGCUAGAGUCAUCCUUGAGGAAGAAUAUUUAGCUAGUUGGCCGGGGUGA